AUGACAUCCACAGAGCCCACCGCGGAGCUUCAGACUCGUCUCGACAAUCUCGUCACUCGAGCAGCGGCAAAGGAUGCAGUCAAGGACUACAACGCCGCAGCGGAGCUCUACUCACAAGCGACAGAGAUUCAAGCUCAGAUUAAUGGAGAAAUGUCAGUCGAGAACGCCGACCUACUCUACGCCUACGGAAAGUCCCUCUACAAUGUCGGUGUCAGUAAAAGCGACGUUCUAGGAUCGAAGAUCGCUGGAGGAGAGACAUCACAAGAACCUGAGCCUACAGCGAAGAAAUCGAAGGAGCCCUCCUCGGCCGGCCUCAUUCAAGCUACGAUCUCGAGUUCUACGGCACAAAAAUCUCUUGACUCAAACAAGGCUACAGAGUCGACAAACCAACUUUUCCAAUUCACAGGCGACGAGAACUUUGCGGACACUGACUCUGAGGAGGAAGGCGAGGGCGCACAGGCGGAGGAAGAAGAGGAGGAGGACGACGACUUUGCGAAUGCUUUUGAGGUACUGGAUCUUGCGCGAAUCCUUCUGUUGAAGAAAUUGGAAGACGUGGAACAAAAAUCCAAUGACAACGGCAAAUCAACGGACAUUCCUCCCGAAGUCAGAAAGAUCCAAGAACGUCUCGCAGAUAUUUACGAUUUACAAGCAGAAAUUUCUUUGGAAGGAGAGAGCUUCGUCAACGCUGUCUCGGACCUCAGGGCUGCCCUCGAACUCAAAGAAGCGCUGUUUUCGUUUGACGAUCCAUCCGUCUCAGAAUGUCAUUAUAAACUCUCUCUUGCCUUGGAAUUCGCAUCGGUCAGCCAACCUGAUGAAGAGAAUGGUGAGGGAAAGCCCACUGUAGUGGAUCUGCCGAUGCGAGAACAGAGCGCAAAACACAUGCAGAGUGCUAUUGAAAGUUGCAAGUUGAGGCUCGCACAGGAAGAGAAGAAACUCGAGACGGGUGGGAUUGAAGGAGAAGACAAAAUUAAUGCAGCCAAGAGGCGGAUUGCAAAUGUCAAAGAGAUUGUUACAGACAUGGAACAACGGUUAGUUGAUCUUCGCCGUACACCUGAAUCUGUUAAUGCCCCAAGUGAAGACGCCAAUGCUAUCGAAGCCUUAAACGGUGUGCUCGGACAACUCAUCGGAAAGUCUGCAGCCGAAAAAGCAGCUACCCUCGAUCAAGUCAGCAAACAAGCAAAUGAUCUUUCUUCACUUGUCAGAAAGAAGACACAGCCUGGUUCAUCGGGUGCAAAAAGACAACUUGAGUCUACUGAAGAGCCAGAAGGGACGAAAAGGGCGAAAACUGAAGACCCAGCUUGA